AUGUCGGCGGAAGUACCUGCUACGAACGACUCGAACGUCUACGAGGACCUCGGUACCACCUACUCGUGUGUCGGCUGGUGGACCAACGAGCGUGUCGAGAUCAUCGCGAACGACCAGGGCAACCGCACGACGCCUUCGUACGUCGCGUUCACCGAGAGUGAGCGUCUGAUUGGUGAUGCGGCCAAGAACCAGGCGGCGAUGAACCCCCGCCAGACUGUGUUCGACGCCAAGCGCCUGAUCGGCCGCCGCUUCGACGACCCCGACGUGAAGAAGGACAUGCAGCACUGGCCCUUCACGGUCAUUGACAAGGACGGCAGCCCCUACAUCCAGGUCGACUACCUCGGCGAGACCAAGCAGUUCGCGCCGCAGGAGAUCUCGUCGAUGGUCCUGCUCAAGAUGAAGGAGAUUGCGGAGGCCAAGAUCGGCAAGGAGGUGAAGAAGGCCGUGGUCACUGUGCCCGCCUACUUCAACGACUCGCAGCGUCUGGCGACGAAGGAUGCUGGUUCGAUUGCCGGCCUCGACGUGCUGCGUAUCAUCAACGAGCCCACCGCGGCCGCCAUCGCGUACGGUCUCGACUCCAAGUCGAGCCAGGAGAAGAACGUGCUCAUCUUCGACCUGGGCGGUGGUACCUUUGAUGUGUCGCUGCUGAACAUCACGGGCGGUGUGUUCGCCGUCAAGGCCACCGCCGGUGACACGCACCUGGGUGGUGAGGACUUUGACAACGCGCUGCUCGAGCACUUCAAGAAGGACUUUGAGCGCAAGAACAAGGUCGACAUGUCGGACGACGCCCGUGCGCUCCGCCGUCUGCGCAGCGCGUGCGAGCGCGCCAAGCGCACGCUCUCGAGCGUCACGCAGACCACCGUCGAGGUCGACUCGCUCUUCCAGGGCAUCGACUUCCAGGCGAACAUCACGCGUGCCCGCUUCGAGGAGAUCAACGCGGCUGCCUUCAAGGGCACGCUCGAGCCUGUCAGCAAGGUGCUCAAGGACGCCAAGAUCCCCGCCGACAAGGUCGACGACAUUGUGCUCGUCGGCGGCUCGACUCGUAUCCCCAAGAUCCAGUCGCUCGUCUCGGAGUUCUUCAACGGCCGCCAGCUGAACAAGUCGAUCAACCCCGACGAGGCCGUCGCGUACGGUGCCGCCGUCCAGGGCGCCGUGCUCACGAACCAGACCAGCGACAAGACCGCCGACCUGCUGCUGCUCGACGUGGCGCCGCUGUCGCUCGGUGUGGCCAUGCAGGGCGACGUGUUCGGUGUGGUGGUGCCCCGCAACACGCCCAUCCCGACCAACAAGACCCGUGUGUUCACGACCGUCGAGGACAACCAGACCCAGGUCACCUUCCCCGUGUACGAGGGUGAGCGCACGCAGUGCAAGGACAACCGUCUGCUCGGUGAGUUCGAGCUCACGGGCAUUCCCCCGAUGCCCCGCGGCCAGGCGGAGCUGGUGUGCACCUUCGAGGUGGACGCCAACGGUCUGCUCAAGGUCUCGGCCAUGGACAAGGCCUCGGGCCGCAAGGCGAACAUCACGAUCACCAACUCGGUCGGCCGCCUCAGCUCGACCGAGAUUGAGCAGAUGAUCAAGGACUCGGAGACGUUCAAGAACGCCGACAAGGAGUUCCAGGCCAAGCACGACUCGCGCAACGACCUCGAGGCGUACGUGCACUCGGUCGAGAGCACCAUCUCGAACCCGGCCGCCACCCUCAAGCGCGCUGCGAAGAUCCAGGUCGAGCAGGAGCUCGCCAAGGCGCUCGAGCUGCUCGAGCUCGAGGACGCCUCCGCCGACGACUACCGCCGCUGCUCGCUGCGCCUCAAGCGCGCCGUGCAGAAGGGUCUCUCGGGUGGCCGCUAA